CUGAGCUGAGGGUUGAGAGAGCCGGUGCGCUAAGCCUAACCUCCUUAUCAGAAAGUGCUACCGGCAUUUAAAGAAUAAUUCGGAUAUUUUGAUAGCAGCUUAGCAGGCAGUUCAGUUCAGGUAUCAGUAGUCUGUAUGACAGACUGGAAGUAAGCCUGAUUUAACAUGAAAAACUUAAGUUAACGCGCUGUAGUAAUGAUGUGCGCAUGCUCGGCACGACCGCUCGAUAAGUGGGACAAACCUGUUUAUACCGAUGUUUAGAUGAGUUUUCGUUUCUCGCACAAAUGACAAUCUGACAGAUUUCUGAUUCGGGGCCGUGUUCACUGCACCGGACAGCUGAGUUGCCGUUCCCCGCUAUCAGAGCAGUGAUGGUAGACCUGCAGGCAGGCCGGUCAGCCACCUUGUGAUACACGAGGGAAAGAACCCAUCACAACUCCAGAGAAACGCGGGGAGCUUUACGUCUCGUGCCAAGUGCUUUAACCUCUUUUCAUUUCCAUUAUGGGUGUUAUUCUGCGCAAUCUCCAAAACGUGGUUCAGCUCCGCCGCGCCAGGCUGCGCAGAGACGUGGAGACCCUGCGACACAUUCUGGGGGUCCAGAAAUUUGAUCUGGGUAUCAUCUGCGUGGACAACCGCAAAAUACAGCACCUCAACAGGCUCUACAGGAAGAAGAACGAGCCCACAGACGUGCUGUCCUUUCCCUUCUAUGAGGACCUGCGGCCCGGGAAGCUGCCAUGCGCCCUUCACAGAGAUGAGUUUAAUCUAGGAGAUGUUUUCCUGGGGGUGGAGUAUGUUAUGCAGCAGUGUAAAGAAUCAUCCUGCGAUUUUCAUGGAACUCUGACAGUGGUCGCUGCACAUGGAAUCUGUCACUUACUGGGGUACAGACACGAGACAGACGAAGAGUGGGAUGAGAUGUUUCAAAGAGAAAGUUACAUCCUGAGUGAAUUCAACAGGCUGACUGGCAGUCAUCUCGAACCUUUAACAAAGAGAAGCACCCAAGACAGAUGACAAGCUCCCGGAAUGGACUUGAACAAACGAAGAAUAAAGGACUCACAACUUUCUCAA